AUGGGGAAAGAUUUCUACAAGAUUUUAGGCAUCAACAAAGGGGCAGAUGACGAUGAAAUAAGAAAAGCUUACCGGAAAAUGGCACUCCGAUAUCAUCCAGAUAAAAAUAAAUCACCUAACGCAGAGGAAAAGUUCAAAGAAAUCGCAGAAGCUUACGAGGUAGGUGCUGAUUUUCUGUAUAAGUGUUUCAGGUGGUCCACCGCCUGCGCAGGCCGUUAUGCGAAUUAG